AUGAUCCGGACGGAGCGUUUGGAUCCUGAGGAGGUUCCGGUGCCGUUUCCAGAGACUCGGAGCGACAGCUGGGACGAUUCCCACGUCAAACUGCCCUUCUAUGUGGACCGAACGACUCUCCAGAGCCGAUGGGAUUUGAUCGCCCGAUCCCUGAGCACCCCGUUCACGUCUUCUCUCGAUGUGAAGGACGCCAUCCUGAGAUAUAACCCUGACCGAGCGAAGGGGUGGGACUUCACUGCACUGCACUCGUACUGUACGGGUCUGCAGGGGUCAGAAGCAAAGCAGAUGUUUGGGAAGCUGCUUCCAGCCAUGGCACAGCUGGCACUGAGAGCGCCGAGCCUCUUCACACAGCCGAUCCCGCUGCUGAGCGUUCAGCGAUGCGUCUCCGUCACGCUCUCGCAGGAGCAGGUCUCGAGUCUGCUGGCGAACGCCUUCUUCUGCACUUUUCCUCCACGCAACUCUCGCAGCAGCUAUCCGGACAUCAACUUCAACAGGUUGUUUGAAGGGUCGUCCCCGAGCAAACAGCAGAAGCUCAAAACCCUUCUGUGGUACUUCCAGCGGAUCACGCAGCAAAGGCCCACCGGUCUCAUAACUUACACCAGACAGUGUCUGCAGCGUCCGCCCUCGUGGGCCAGCUCAGAGAAGCAGUUCAGCAAACUUCACAUCUGCUCUGAAGGAACCAUAGAGGAGCAGGGCUACGGCAUGCUGCAGGUGGACUUUGCCAACAGGUUUGUCGGGGGCGGAGUGACCGGUUCUGGUCUGGUUCAGGAGGAAAUCCGUUUCCUGAUAAACCCGGAGCUGAUCGCUGCUCGCCUCUUCACUGAAGCGCUGGAGGACAACGAGUGUCUGAUCAUCACAGGAACAGAGCGGUUCAGCAGAUACUCGGGAUACUCGCACACCUACCGAUGGGACGGUAACCAUGACGACCAGACGCCAAGGGACGAGUGGCAGCGCAGGGUCACGGAGAUCGUCGCCAUUGACGCCCUGCGUUACAGGAACUUCCUGCAGCAGUUUCUCCCCGACAACAUGACCAGAGAACUCAACAAGGCCUUCUGUGGUUUCGCUCGCCCUGGAGUCGAGUCGGAGAAUCUGUCGGCCGUUGCGACGGGAAACUGGGGAUGUGGAGCGUUUGGAGGAGACACUCGUCUCAAAGCUGUUCUGCAGAUGAUGGCGGCAGCAGAAGCGGAGCGUGAUUUGAUGUACUUCACGUUUGGUGACGUUGAUCUGCGCCGAGAUGUUAGCCGCAUCCACACACACUUCACACACCGUCACGCCAGCGUAGGAUCCGUGUUCAACAUGUUGCUGCAAUACUAUGAGCGUGUGAUUAAGGAAACAUCAGGAGCAAAACCUCAGGAAACACUUUACAGCUUCCUCUCUGAACACCUCUGACCCCCGACCCCCAGCAUCUCUGAACUCUGACCCUAGCAGCUCUGACCUCUGAAUGACCCCUGCAGCUCUGACCUCUGAAUGACCCCAGUAGCUCUGACUCCUGCAGCUCUGACCUCUAAAUGACCCCAGCAGCUCUGACCCCUGACUGACCCCAGUAGAUCUGACCCCUGACUGACCCCAGCAGCUCUGAACUCUGACCUUAGUAGCUCUGACCCUGACUGACCCCAGCAGCUCUGACCCCUGAAUGACCCCAGCAGCUCUGACCCCUGAAUGACCCCAGCAGUUCUGACCUCUAAAUGACCCCAGCAGCUCUGACCCCUGAAUGACCCCAGCAGCUCUGACGUCUGAAUGACCCAGCAGCUCUGACCCCAGCAGCUC